AUGAUAAUUUAUACAGCCAGCAUUGCCCCGGCUACUACUCGCCUUGCACCUGAAGGUGGUGAGGGCGAGCCUGGGUUGCCUGGAGCGGUAGGACAGAACGGAAUACCAGGGCCAAAGGGAGAACCUGGAGAACGAGGAGAAAAGGGAGAUGCUGGAGAGAAUGGCCCCAAAGGUGACACAGGAGAAAAGGGUGACCCUGGAUCGUCUGCUGCAGGAAUUAAGGGAGAACCUGGAGAAUCUGGUCGUCCAGGGCAAAAGGGUGAACCAGGGCUUCCUGGGCUGCCUGGACUUCCGGGGAUAAAGGGAGAACCGGGUUUCAUUGGUCCUCAGGGGGAACCAGGCUUACCAGGGUUACCAGGAACAAAGGGUGAACGCGGGGAGGCAGGGCCUCCUGGAAGAGGCGAGCGAGGGGAGCCUGGAGCCCCUGGACUGAAGGGGAAACAAGGUGAAUCAGGAACUAGAGGCCCAAAGGGGUCAAAGGGUGAUCGUGGAGACAAAGGGGACUCUGGAGACCUGGGACCAAGGGGUCCACCUGGUCAAAAGGGGGAUCAAGGAGCUACCGAGAUCAUAGACUACAAUGGCAACCUCCACGAAGCUUUGCAGGCAAGUGACUGCUCCCCACCCUGA